GGCUUGGUGCACUUUGUCGACAAAAGCAAUUUAGAACUGCUGUGCACAGUGAGUUAUUGAGAAUAAACCCUCCACAAAAACAGUGCUUUGUGCUCUGUUGCAUGUGUGCAAUCAUCAGACAGUUAAGGUCACACAAGAGCUGACCUUAUUUACCAUAUUGAUGCAAAUUAUGCUCAUUGUGGUGUUAAUGCUCCCCAAUAGAUACGAGAAAAAAUAAUGUGUUUCUUCUUUGGGUACAUAAUUUUAGAACAUUAUCUUUAAUGAAAUACUACUAAAAGCCUAAAAGCUUAUUUAUGAGACUGAUUAGAGUGCACACGUUAUUAGAGGAUGCAGACAUACAUGGUGCUUGAUUCAGUCAUAAAAAUUCAUGUUGCGUUAAAUUAGAAGACAAACCAAGAACGUGCAUUCUACGUGAGGCAGUUUUUAAAGUGAAGAAUAAGCCUCCGCUGUUUGAAUAAAGCACUUAAUACAGUGCAGACCUCAAAGCUGACGUCUUGAUCCACUGCUGUGAAGCCUAAAUCCCUGGGGUGGGAAAAAUAAUCAAUACAGCACAGUUCAGAGUGACAUGAGCAAGGUGUGGAGGUGGGCUGUAGUACAGAAUCAAUCCAAACCUCUAUUAGUCUAAUUAUGACUUUGUUGUUCUUGGACUUAAAGCACUUGAUUGGAUUUGAUUAGGUGAAGCAAUGCUUUUUAAAAAAAAGGGAAAAUAGAGGAAGAAUAGGAAAGAGCGAAACCAUAUCUUAGCUUAAGCCAUCCCACCAUGGGUGCAGAUUUCAAGAGAUGCAAAGGACACGCCCCCCUCAAUAUUUAGAACCUAUGCAUUUGUACCCCGAAAUAAAAACAUGAAAAAAGCAAAGGACUCCGUUGUAAUAAAGGCUAUAAUACGCUUCAGUUUAGUUUUUCUUUUCUUUCAUAAAGACGUUUCCACCAUAAACCGAUACAGAAAAAGCAAAAUCUAGUGCGUAAUAAAUCCAACACAAUGGAAAGAAAAGAAGCGCUUGAUGGUCAACAUUUCCUGGGGGAGGAUGCUUAGCCCAGUACCAAAUGUGUACCCCCUCCAUGAAGGAAAUCCACUCCCACGAGCUGUCAGCCACCUUAAAAGUUAUUACUAAUUGCAUUGAUAGCUGUUUGUCUCUGAGAACAAUUUUCAGCCUCAGUGUUCCUGUUUAUUUGUCUAAUUUGCUUAGAGGAGAGAAGGGAGGAGGACUGACAGACACACAGUGAGGCGGGGGGAUACGGGGGGAUACUGGAGGACGAGGAGAGCUGCCAACGGAACAGCAGUCCAAUCCACGCGCAGCCGGGACUCCUUCUGGCGCCAGGCGCGCGGUUCGGAGAGGCAGGCGCCUGAUGAGCCGGGGCUGUGCGACUCCUGGAGAGACCUUGCUGGGACACCAACACCUCCUCCGCCUACUCCCCCACCUCCACCAGGCUCAUCAACAAGUGUGACCGCUUCAGGAGAGGACAGAAACCCAGACACGUUUGGAGAUGUGAAGCAUUUCUUUCGGAGAUGUAACUUCGUUGCGCGCUGCUGAGGAACUUUAUGCUGCGCUUAUUCAUCCCUUCACGGAGAUGUGGACGUGCUGAAGUUUUUUCUUUAAAGAAAAUACCCCUUUUGCCUUGCUUUUUAGAGACCUUUACGCUUCUUCCGACCACGAUGCAGACGUGAUAACUCCUGCCUCCCCAUCACCUCCUUUUCCGCUGAGACUGAGUAUAAAAAAGUGUCUUUCAGGAUCAAACUCUCUCCCGUGCACUACAUGGCAUAUUGAUUCCGGUGUUGGGCUUGGUCUGCUCCUAGCUCUCUGAUUCUUUCACCGUCCUCACAAUAAACCUGAAAUUACAGGUUGAAGCUGGAAUAUGUUCAAUGAGCAGCUCAAAUUUUUGGAUGAGCUCCUUUGAAAUGUGUUUCAAAAGAUUAUAUGAAACUCUUUCAAAUCUAAUUUAAAGGAUUAUCUUGAGACAAGCCCACACGUAUCUGUGAAUAAACUGAUAAUUUUUAGCGCUAAUGCAGCAGUGAUCAUCCCCAGUCAAUGCCCAGAAACAGGUGGAACUAUGAUUGCCUUUGCCUGACAGGACUUGUGGGAGGUCACUGCUGAAUAUGCAGGACGUGGCAGGGCCUGCUAUGCCCAGGAAAUCACUGCUUUUCAAUGGCUUUGCCCUAUUAUGGGGCUUGCUCUUUGGGAUAUUCCUUGUGAAUGUACCAGUGAUGGCUUGCCCCACAACUUGUCACUGCAUAGAAAAAAAUGGCUUGACGGUGGUCCAGUGUAUGUCUCGCAACUUGGAGAAGAUUCCAUCCGAUCUUCCAAGAGAUACCGUUAUCCUGCUUUUGGCGUCCAAUCACAUCACCCACAUCCCCAACCAUGCCUUCAAAGAGCUGCACUACCUUCAGGAGCUGGACCUGUCCAACAAUGACAUUGAGACUGUGGACGUUGGGGCAUUUCAAGGAGUAUCUGACAGCCUCCUUGUGCUGGAUUUAUCAAACAAUCACAUCCAAAGUGUCCCUAAAGAGGCAUUUGCCCGUCUACGGGCAAAAAUCAGCCUCUCAAACAACCCGUGGCACUGUGAGUGCAUGCUGCAGGAGGUCCUGAGGGAGCUGCGGCUCGACCCCGAGACAGUAAACGAGGUGAUCUGCCACACAGCGGUGCAGGAGGAAUAUGCAGGCAAACCGGUAAUCCAGGUGCUGGACUCAGGGAUCAACUUCUGCAACUUUCACCACAAGACCACUGAUGUAGCCAUGUUUGUCACUAUGUUCGGGUGGUUCACGAUGGUGAUUGCGUAUGUCAUCUACUAUGUGAGACACAAUCAGGAGGAUGCCAGGAGGCACCUGGAGUACCUCAAGUCACUGCCCAGCAGCUCUCAGAUUAGCAAGGACUUUGACACCAUCAGCACGGUUCUCUAACCGGCUGGUACGACUCAGGAGGUGUGGUGUGUGUGUGUGUGUGUGUGUGUGUGUGUGUGUGUGUGUGUGUGUGUGUGUGCGCGCGCGUGUAAAUUUGAAUAAAUGUGUGGUUAUGUAAAAAAAGACUUAAAAGCUGUUUAAACACAUAAUCACUUUGAUUUGCAAACACAUCUGAUCUUUACUCUGUCCCAUAGAUUUUGUCGUUUGUAUGAUUCCUUUUCAUUUAUUUUGGUUUUAUUAAACAUAAGCCACCCCCAGACGGGGCAACAACAGUGAUAGCACAAAAUAAGCAAAGUAUAGCCAAAAACUCACAUUUUCAAAUGAGAUGAUGGAUUUGGACUGGAGAGAUAAAUGUUCCCACUCUGGUGUUGAUCCACAAUGAGACUGAAUUUGGACUGAGAUGAAUGAGGGCGACAACGGUGUCUCCCAGUUACUUUGUAUUGACGGAUUUAUGUACUUUGUGUCACUUUGUCAAGGUGGAGGCUUUAUUAUGAAACGUCUAACAAAUGAACUAGGUCAAGAUGUUAACGUUCAGUUGGUGUAACACUUCAGUGCAAGCACUGCCACCAAUUAACCUUACAAAUUACACUGUUGAUCCAGGAAACAAUGUUACUCUAAGAGGACAACAAGUGCCAUUUUUCUGCUCUCUUGAGGUCUUCGUAGAGUAUCAUUCUUCUGCCCUCCUGUCAUCACUAUCUGUAAUGUAAAAUUCACCAUAUAGGCUAAUGUAACAAAAUGUCCAUUGUUCAAAUUACUAAGUCAUCUUAGAACUGGAGUUUCAUCGGGUAACUACUAUUUGCCAUUCUUUUAGCGCAUUUGGAGUUAACAUUGCAGGUAACGCUGCAAUGAUAAUGGAAAGUCUGAAAAGACAGAUUACGGUGAAGCUCCUGUAAAUUUUGUGCCACUUCACACCUACCCCAUGUUCCUAUAGUGGAAAGUUGCCUAUUGAAACUCCAUUGAAGCUCAUGUUUCUCCUCCUACAAAAAAAUAUCCUGCUAUAUGUUUUACUAUUCUCAUUUGUGUCUCUGCUUUGUAGUUAAGGUAGUGCACAGUGGGUUUGUCAUUUGCUCAUUUCUGCUGGAAAGAGGUUAAUGAGUACAGUGAGAAAGAACCAUAAGGUUCAGCUGGAAUUAUGCUUCUGUCUUUACAAAUCUAUUCAGAGAGGAGUGUAAUGGGUAACAACUGAUGGCAGAGGCUCUCAGAGGGCCUGAUGUAGACACCUAUCCAAUCUUAGCAGCGGUGUCUUGUGGAUCUACAUGUCAAGCAAGUUGAUUUGGCAAAUCAACCCCUGUCAGGGGGCAGGUUUGAAAUGGAGAUGAACACAAAUAACAUUACCCUGUGCUUGUUUGCCUACAUGCAGCCAUAAUUCCUGCUUCAACAUGCGGGUAAUAAAAACUAAAUUACUAAGCUCACAACAGGCUGAAAAGCGUGGAGUCGAGUGAUUAACUCUCCAUGGGUUUGUCUCUGACCCCUUGUGCAUUAUCCAACCUCCUCAUUCAAGGUUACACCAUUAUGUGAUGAUCUGCCACAGUAACACUGCCCUGGAUAGAAGGAAUCAAUUAACAACUGCAGGCUGAAUAAUUUAAUACAUAUAGCAACAUAUAUGGCAACAAUAUUGCUGAAAAAAAAAACUGUUCUUUGUUCAUUUUUAUGUAAAAAUAUUGCACCAGUGUGUGAUCCACUCCACCACAGACAGAGCUUUUGUUCACCUAAAUAUUUCCUUAAUGGAUCUAACUACAGCACAGUUAAAACAAAAAGCCAUCAUAAAGGAGUUUAAUAUAGAAAAUAGAAAUUAAUGCAUAUUAUGAUUUCAAUUUUUGGAGUAUAACUUUCUGAUAUUUUAAGAUAUGAAUGUAUUUAUGUUAAAUGUUGCCAUCCAGAAAUAAACACCACAUAAUUUCUCUUAUCUUUUGGCCACAGCAGCAAACCACAAGCAGCUCAAUUAGCAUGCCAUAGGCAUUACUUCUAUUGAUUUGAGUGUAGCGUAACACUGUUUGGACGCAAAUGAAAUGUGAUUUUUUUUUCUCAUGGGUAACUUUGUUGGUCAGGAGUUGAUUGUGUCCAAGUGCCUACUCUGGGAUUUCUACACCAUCGCACUGUUGGACAGCUGAGUGUCAGGUCUAGUCCCUGUCGAUCCUCCCUACCGCAGAAACACGUUUCUGAAAUGUUACAAGCUUCUCCGUGAUUGACAACCUACUGUACCUGUCCUCAUGUAAGUGACUCCAACUUAUGUAGUAGCUCAAACAGGUUAAAAUAAACACAAAUAAUUAUUUGCAACAAAUACUUGACUUGUUUUUAAUUUUGCAUAUUAUAUUUGCAUUUGACAGAAUAUUCUUUUUUUUGUACUACUGUAAAUAUCUUUGUUACAGAAGUGUCUGUCUGUGAAGUUUUGACCUGUCAAUUGUUGUAUCACCAGUAUGUAUACAAGUUUUACAUUUUCUGUGAAGGAACAUGCCUUCUGUGUUGUUAUUUUGUAAAAUAUGUCUUUGGCUAAAAGCCUAUCAGAGUGUUUUGAUGUCUUUGGGAACAUUUGUAUCUGGUCGAUUUAUUUUCUGGAUCUAUGGAAGUCCAUGAGUUGUGUAUUUCUGUGAUGGAAAUGAAAGGGCUCCAAUAAGUUUGUCGGGGAGAAUCAUAUAAAUUUUCUGUCUGUUUCAGCAAUUACUGUGUGUUUGUUUUGUUUGGGGUUUAACGGGCACCUUACCAGCAUUUCAAAAUAAAAAUUCUUUUCCAACACA